AUGGAUGGAAUGGUGGAAGAGAAUGGCACUUCAACCGGUGCUGGUCCUGCGGAUCCACUGGGCAGUGCGAGCUCCUCGGCGCCCGCGUCGGCACCCCACGUAGUAGCUGUCACUAGCAUUGUGCAACUCACAUUACCAACCCAGGCUCCAUCUGCUCAGGUUCAGUCAGUGAUACAGCCAAACCAACAAUCUGUUAUUCAAACAGCAUCCAAUAUACAAUCUGUGCAGUUACCAAAAGGGAAUGUGAUUCUUGUUAGCAAACCAAGUUCAGUAAUACACACAACACAAGGAACAUUGCAAACAUUGCAGAUUAAACCAGAACCUAACUCAUUAGUCAGCACUCAAGGCCAAUCCUGCAGUGAUGACAGUUGUAGUGGUGAUGAGAGUCCCAAGAGAAAGUACCGGGAAAUGCUCACCAGGCGUCCCUCAUACCGCAAAAUCUUGAAUGAUCUUGGAGGUGCUGAAAUUGCGGAAAAUCGCAUGGGAUCUAAACCAGGAAACGAGAAUGAAGUGUCGCUGUCAUCUUCUUUAUCAUUUAGUUCAGUAAUUCCAGCGGGUGCUCUUCAAACUGAAAGUGGUUUACAUACACUGGCUGUAUCCGGAGGAGGAGCAGGCGGAGCGAUAGUCCAGUACUCGACAAAUCAAGACGAACAUUUUUAUGUUCCCGGUCCAAUGUUAGAAGAUCAGACACGUAAACGUGAAUUACGGUUGUUGAAAAAUCGCGAAGCAGCCAGAGAAUGUCGCCGGAAGAAAAAAGAAUACAUAAAAUGUCUAGAGAACAGAGUCGCAGUGCUUGAGAACCAAAAUAAAGCACUAAUAGAAGAAUUAAAAUCCUUAAAGGAAUUAUACUGUCAACAAAAGACAGAAUGA